AUGCCUAAAAAUGAUCUAGAAAGGAAACAAAUGAAUGACAUUCUAUAUACUUCUACUAUUGGAAGCAUAAUGUAUGCUUAUGUCUACAUAAAGCCUAGCAUUGCAUUUGCUAUAGAAAUGUUAGGACGAUAUCAGAGGCAUGGACCAUCAAACAAAUCAACAUCAAGGUAUGUUUUUAUGAUGAUGGAUGGAGGUAUAUUAUGGAAGAGUGCUAAGCAAAGAUUGAAUACUACUUCUAUCAUGGAAGCCAAGCCAUUGAGAAUUUACUACGAUAAUUCAAUUGAAGCCUUUAAGGCUAAGAACAACAAAAGUCGUAGUCAAAAUAAAUACAUCGACAUUAAAUAUUUAGUCAUAAGAGAACAUGUUAAAGAAAAGAAAGAGAUCAUUAAGCAUGCAAGCACUAAUGAUCGUUGA